AUAGUUCCACAUUUACUGUGAAAUUAAGGGGCAUUUAUUUGAGUAUAUACAGAUUCAUUUUACACAAAAAAAAACAAAAAAAAAACACACCUCCCUCAAAUAAAUUCCGCCCAUUCACAAACCCUUCUCAAAUAUAAACCCCCAGGCAUUCAUUCAAAUAAAUAUGGUAUGCUAAAUAUAUCUCUCAUUUUUUUAACAGAUGUCUGCAUCCAAGGCAUUACAACUUAUGGAUAAAAAAGAUCUUGAAUGUGCCAUCUGCCUCGGCAGGUUUCAACAACCAAAGACAUUGAAAUGCAUGCACACCUAUUGUCUACAGUGUAUUAAGAAAUGGGUGGAAGCUCAUGGAAAGAUUAAAUGUCCAACAUGUGGACAAGAACAUGAUCUAACAAAGGAAGACAUCAAGCAACUUCCUUCUAAUACAAGUGAACAUCUACGGUAUGUAGUGAAAACUGAGGAUCAAAAACCUGCUAAAUGCUCUUUCUGUGACAACCAACCAGCAUACCACUGCUCAACAUGUCAGCUGUAUCUAUGUGGAGCUCAAUGUGUCAAACAACACAAAGCACUACGUUUAACUAAGGAUCAUCCACUUUACACACUAGACAUGAAGAAAGAAGAUGGCAGCUCAGAUAUAGAAACCAAAUGCCUGGCUAACAAAAACACCACACUGGAAUUUUAUUGCUCCACUUGCAACAAAUCAGCAUGCACAAUAUGUAAACAGCAACACAGAGUGAUUACAAUGUCAACGGCUAGAGAUCAGUUUAACAAAGAUGCCACUGAUGUUGUCAAGUUAGCAUAUGAACUUGAAAAUAAAUUAACACAAAAGCUCCAAUCCAUUGCUAAAUAUAAAUCAGAAUUUGAUUCACAAUUCAAAUUAUGCAGAAAAGACAUUGAAAAUCAUGAGAAGAAUCUGAUCAAGACGGUUCAAGAGAAAAGCAAGGAAUUAGUAUCAGAUCUUGAAGAGGUUUACAAAGAAAGCAAAGAAGAAAUUCAUUGUCAAAUCAAAGAUAUUGAUUCGAAGCUGACUGAAGUACAUAAUCUGAAGAAAUCAAUCAAUACAAUGAUAAUAAAAGCAAUGAUUAACAAACCAGAAGAACAGGAAUCUCUUGGAUCAUAUUGGGCAACUGUCAACACUGUCAGAAAUGACUUCCUUGGAGAUUUUAAUAGUUCCUUUAUUAGUAAAAGUAGUGUCAAACCAAAUUUCAUUCCAUCUGCACACAUCAAAGGAUUGCAAAAAGAGGGCAUUGGUAGAGUCUCAACUGUUGAUAGCAUGACAUGCAAGGUUACUAAAAGUAGUGAGGGAAUUGCUAUUACAAAAGGACAACCACUUGUAGUGGAAGUAUCAGGUCCUGAAGAGAGUGAUGCAAAUCUAUUGGCUGCCGCCCUGAAGAACACAUCAUGUGAAGAAUCAGCCACAAAGGUAGAAAAUCAGGGUGAUGGAGAGUACAAAUUAACAGGUCGAUGCAAUGUGGAAUAUCAAACAGUCACUGGUGGCACUCAGGCGAAAACACUCAAAAAGAUGGGACUUGUAAAAACCACUUGUAAUAUAUCAAGGUAUAAGGAACAUAACAAAACACGGGAAGUGACAGAUGUAUUGUUAGAUAGAGAUGGCUGCAUACUUGUAUCAAGCUUUAGUAAAGAUAUAUUGAAAUUCAACCAGUCAGGUAAAUUUGUUGCUAGGAUACAGGUGCCACAAAAUGUGAUGGUCAAUAGUAUGUAUCAAUUGGGUGAUGGUCAUAUGUUAUAUAGUGAUUUCUUAGGGAAAUGUGUUGUAAUGUGUGAUGAUCAAUUUCAAGAAAUUCAUCACUUAUUUGGCAAAGGGCUAUUGAAAGAUCCAUGUGGCUUAGCAGUAAACAUGGAAAAUAGUGCUCUUUAUGUAGCAGAUUAUAAAGCACAUUGUGUACUUAAAUUCAAUAUUGAAAACGGUAAACUGAUGAGCAAAAUAGGUUCAGAGAAUAGCAAAGAAGGUAAUUUACGGAAUCCAACAGAUGUCACUUUAACUAAGGAAAACUAUGUAAUUGUUGCUGACUUUGGAAAUAACAGAGUGCAAAUGUUUGAUGCAAAUGGGAAAUGGAUGAAAACCAUUAUAGGCCAUGGUAAAAAAAAUGGUAAAGUUUUUAGUCCUUGUGGUCUAACCAUGGAUAAGUCUGAAAAUAUAGUAGUAUCAAGUUCUAACAAAUUACAGUUAUUUGAUAAAAAUGGUGUCUUCAUAAAACGAAUAGAUCAUGAAGAUGAUGAAAUAAAGAUCCCAUAUGGAGUAACUAUAAUUCCUGGGAGCCCAAGCAGAGUAGUAGUAGCAAACCACGGAGCCAACAAUGUUAAAACAUUUUAUUACUAGCUUUGAAAUUUAUAUUACAUUAGCUUUUUUGAGCUCUUGUACUGUGCAAUGUAACUACAGUAUGUUACACCGAAGGAGUCCUUAAAAAAAAAAAAAAACAGUUGCUUAAAAUGUUCCCAAUAUCUUUAUUCUUGCCAUUCCUUCUCCUUAAAGAUGUAUUGUCUCCUGAAAAUGACAAAACAAAUCAUAAAAAAAUAAUUUUGAAAUUAAUUUGCCCAUGUUAGUAAUAUAGACAUUAUCAAAAAUAGAAAUUAUUGAAUUUCAAAAAUGUGUACCCUGAUUUUUGUAGGAUAGUGAUAAACAUAAUAAAAACACUUCAAGUGACUGUAAAGUUACGUUUAAACAUUAUUUAUAUAUACUAUGUUCAAUUUAAACAUUAAAUGUUUAUGUUACUUCAAAAUGAGAAAGUCAAUUUGAAAAAGAUUUAUUUUAUUUUUGGUAAUUUUCAUGGGAUAAUACAUCUUUAACAGCUUUGGUUCAAUUGAUUAAUCUCCUAUUUCCAAAUAUGCCGCUUAUUUUUUUUGUGUAAUAGUUGUAAUAGUUCUAUUCCUCGUUAUAAGCAACACAAUUUAUCACACUUGUUCACUUUAUUUUAAAACAAAUAGGAUUGCAUCAAUUCACUGAAGACGGCAACUGUACUUUCAAAACUAUGCCUUAAAGUCAUUGAGGUUUUAAAAAAACAUAUAUAUCAGUGUUCGUACACAUUUUUGGCAAAAAAAAAUCAAGAACGUUUUAAGGACUUUCCAAGGACAUAGAUCUGAUUUUUCAAGGACAUUUUACAUUGUAAAAAACAAUGCUGGCUUUUUGUGAUUUCAACCUAUACAAUACCUACCAGAUACACUGCGGUACCACAAAGCGUAUAAAAAUGGUAUGUGCAUGUCAAAAGGCACUGACAACAAAAGUCAUUCCCACGACGUACUGCAGUACCACAAAGGCUAUUGGUCACAUGCCUAAAAAGGCCUAGAAAACGUCAGUUGCGUCAACUCUAGGUGCUGCUGUAUAAAAUUUGGGACUCGAUAACAAAUAUUCUCUAUCUACAUUGGCUGGCUAUCCUAUCUAUCUUCAGUGUUCCCACGUCUGAACACGCCUAGUGUUAGAUAAAGUGAAAGUUACGCCUUCCAUUGAAAGUACAUUCUUGCCUUAAUCCUUAAAAAUUGAUUAGAAUCAACCUGAUAAAAUACAGAACUCAAAGCAAGUUUCUACAACGGGUGUCUCUUUUCAGUAGACGUUUAAUUUGGAUUUAGACGUCAUUAGAUUCAUAAGUGUAAAUCACCAAUGCAUAGCCUCACUCAUUCUUUAGACUUAAGAAACUUCACAAAACAUGUAGCUAAUAUAAUUAUGGGGGAAAUAUGUAAAGAAUAAAAUUUAACCAUAUAAGACUAUAAGAAAUGAUAAUAGAUUUUAGGAAAAAUAUGUAAUAAUGUUGAGAAUGUAAUCAUUAAAAAACCAGAAAUUGCUGUGGUCACAGAAUAUAAAUACAUAGGUUGCCUUUUUAAUAAUAAACUUAACAAAGGGGAUUCUGCAUAAAAUGAAAUACAGUAUAUGUACGAUAAAACUAUA